AUGAAUGGUAGUAUACUUAAUGUUAAUAAAACUGUACCUGUAGAUGAAUCUAUAAUUAGUUCGGAAUAUCAUACUCAUCUUCCUUAUUCAGCUACGUCUUUAGAUAAUAAUGAUGAGAUUAGAGUACCAAUUCAAUCACAGAAUAUUUAUACAUAUCCUAGUAAGAGUUAUAUAAUUUUAGAGGGAAAUUUGAUAUCACAAGAAAAGAAUCACUACAGUCCAAAACUCAGUUUUAUUAAUAAUGGACCUCUUCAUUUAUUUGAAGAAUGUAGAUAUGAACUUGGUGGAACAAUAAUUGUUCGUUCUAGAUUUCCUGGAAUUACAUCAACAUUAAAAGGAUAUGCAUCAUUUACUCCCAAUGAUUGUAUUAAAAAUGCUAAUUCUGGUUGGUGCAUAACAGAGCAUCCUAAAAUUAUUGAACAAUCAACAGGUAAAAGCGAACCGUGCUUGACCCCUACCAAUUUCAUACAAAAAGCGCCGAUAUUCGUUAUAGAUUGUAGUCACCAAAACGAAGCAGUAAAAGGUGGAGCGAUAGAUGUUCGACUAGAACUAGAAGCAUCAGAAAAUUUUCCAGGCAACACUUCAGUAUACUGUUUAAUAAUUCAUGAUCGCACGGUUAUCUACAAUCCAUUAUCAAAUUUAGUGAAAGUGCAAUGA